UACCCAGACAACAAUGUUGCAGACAGCAGCACUGCACUCUGUAAAAGACACUUAUGUAACAACCCGUUCCCAUUAUUUUUUUUGGUUAUGAAACGAAGAAAAUGUCGUUUUUUGUGACUGAGUGGACUCUCCUCUUUGUCCUGUUGCUGACCACUAUCUUUUCAAUGACAUCCUACUGACUGAACGGUAAUUUGUUUUGUAAACUCUAUAGGCAACAAUACUUCCCACCAUGCAGUUGGAGGCCCAGUUGCGUCUUUGUCAGAGCUGUCUAUGGUGCUGCAAGAGCGGACUGCGCCUGCUCUUUCAGAGCUCUGUGCACAGAGCGGCAUUUAACCACUACGACCUUCUUGGUGUAAAACCUGAUGCCACACUGGAGCAAAUCAAGAAUGCAUUUUUCGAUAAAUCAAAAAAGAUGCACCCAGACAGUGACCCGUCUAACCCGGGGCUGCAUGGCCAGUUUGUGGAGCUGAACGAGGCCUACAGAGUGCUGAGUAAGGAGGUGUCCAGGAGAGAGUACGACCUGCGGCAACGGCACCCUUACACCGGGGGACAGGCCUUCAGACCCACCUCCACAUACAACCCCAGGUACAUAAACAAAUGUGCACACACUCAAGCAAGCAGGAACUAACCCAUGCAUACACACACGUGUCCCAUUAUGGCUGGUGAAAACCAAACACUGCAUUCCACAGUAAGAAGCUCAUACAAAUGGUCAAGCAUGGUGUUGGUGGUAGUGUGAUGGUUUGAUGCUUUCCUGCCUCAGGACCUGGACGACUUGCCUUAAUAGAAGGAACCAUACAUUCUGCUCUGUAUCAGAGAAUUCUACAGGAGAAUGUCAGGCCAGAAUGUCAGGCCAUCUGUCUGUGAGCUGAAACUGAAGGACAGCUGGGUCAUGCAGCAAGACAAUGGUUCUACAUAAAAAUGGCUAAAAAAUAAACACAUUUGAAGUUUGGGAAUUGCCUAUUCAAAGUCCAGACCUAAUCCCAAUUGAGAAUUUGUGGCAGGACUUGAAACGAGCAGUUCAUGCUUGAAAACCCACAUAUGUCAUUGAGUUAAAGCAGUUCUGCAUGCAAGAGUGGGCUAAUAUUCCUCCACAGCGAUGUUAGAGACUGAUCAACAACUAUGGGAAGUAUUUGGUUGGAGUCAUUGCAGCUGAAGGUGGGGGAAAUUACUUUUUCACACAGGGGAAUCAGGUGUUGCACAACUUUUUAAAGUAAAUAAAUAAAACAAGUAUCACUUUUGUUUAUUUGUAAACUCAGGUUCCCUUUAUCUAAAUUAGGUUUUGGUUGAAAAACUGAUAACAUUCAGUAUCAAAAAUAUACAAAAGUAGAGAAAAUUAGAAAGGGUGCAAAUACCUUUUCGCGGCGCUGUAUAUACUGUAUUUGUAUUUAUUAUGGAUCCCCAUUAGGUCCUGCCAAGGCAGCAGCUGCUCUUCCUGAAGUCCAGCAAAAUUAAGGCAGUUUAUACCAUUUUAAAAACAUUACAAUACAUUCACAGAUGCUAUCUUCUGUAUACCACCCCUACCUUGUCACAGCACAACUGAUUGGCUCAAAUGCAUUAAGAAGGAAAGAAAUUCCAGAAAUGAACUUUUAACAAGGCACACCUAUUAAUUGAAAUGCAUUUCAGAUGACUACCUCAUGAAGCUGGUUGAGAGAAUGCCAAGAGUGUGCAAAGCUGUCAUCAAGGCAAAGGGUGGCUACUUUGAAGAAUUUCAAAUAUAAAAUAUAUUUUGAUUUGUUUAACACUUUUCUGGUUACUACAGGAUUCCAUAUGUGUUAUUUCAUAGUUUUUACGUCUUCACUAUUAUUCUACAAUGUAGAAAAUAGUACAAACAAUGAAAAAACGUUGAAUGAGAUUGUGUGUCCAAACUUUUGACUUGAUUUGAUUUACUGUAUAUAUAAUCUGGACUGUGAAAUUGCUCGACCUAAUAUUUCUUAGUUCCAUUCUUUUACUUUUUAGGUUUGUGUGUAUUGUUAGAUAUUACUGCAGUGUUGGAGCUAGGAACACAUGCAUUUCGCUACACCCACAAUAACAUCUGCUAAAUAUAUGUAUGUGACCAAUAGAAUUAUAUUUUAUUUGACACACGCACAAACAGCCCUGUGUGAGUUCAUACACAAAUCUCAAGAGUUUUUCACCUUUUCUCUCUCUCUGUCUACCUCUCUCAGGGCGGAAGCUCAGGAGAGUAUGCGCUACUGGGAUCAGUUCAAACACUCUCAGCCUCAGGAGACCACAGCAGAGGAGUGGGAGAGGAAGAGGAAGAGGAACUUUAGAAUAGUUAGCUACUGUAUGCUCAUCAUGGGCCUGAGCAUCAGCGCUCACGUUCUCUUCUUUAGGUAACAUCAUGGGCCUGAGCAUCAGCGCUCACGUUCUCUUCUUUAGGUAACAUCAUGGGCCUGAGCAUCAGCGCUCACGUUCUCUUCUUUAGGUAACAUCAUGGGCCUGAGCAUCAGCGCUCACGUUCUCUUCUUUAGGUAACAUCAUGGGCCUGAGCAUCAGUGCUCACGUUCUCUUCUUUAGGUAACAUCAUGGGCCUGGGCAUCAGCGCUCACGUUCUUUUAGGUAACAUCAUGGGCCUGAGCAUCAGCGCUCACGUUCUCUUCUUUAGGUAACAUCAUGGGACUGAGCAUCAGCGCUCACGUUCUCUUCUUUAGGUAACAUCAUGGGACUGAGCAUCAGCGCUCACGUUCUCUUCUUUAGGUAACAUCAUGGGCCUGAGCAUCAGCGCUCACGUUCUCUUCUUUAGGUAACAUCAUGGGACUGAGCAUCAGCGCUCACGUUCUCUUUAGGUAACAUCAUGGGCCUGAGCAUCAGCGCUCACGUUCUCUACUUUAGGUAACAUCAUGGGACUGAGCAUCAGCGCUCACGUUCUCUUUAGGUAACAUCAUGGCCUGAGCAUAAGCGCUCACGUUCUCUUUAGGUAACAUCAUGGGACUGAGCAUCAGCGCUCACAUUCAGUAUCAGUGAAACUGAUACUUGGACAUUAAAACUGUAUGUAUGUAUGUAUGUACACUCAGCACAUAAUUAAAUACGAAAUGCAGGACUUCUGUCACGUUCAAGGAAAGGAAUCACACUUCUGUUACUCAAAUGCAUUUCUGAGUAAUGUGCCAAAAUGUGACAUUUGACUAUUACUGCUAUUACUAUGUUUUUACUCAUUCAUAGUCUAGACUAAAUGGUCUGUAGACUCCAAUAACUGUCUGUUUUGUAGGCACAGGUGCCCCUGGCUCAGACCCAGGUUGUGCUGUCAUAUAUCUAGUAAUCUGUGUUUUGGCACGAUGACUUGAAAGCACUUUUAUUGUUUGUAGAGAUUAAACUUUUCCUGGUAUGACUAUUUGUACUAGUACGGAAUAAUAAAACAUGAAUAAUAAUCAAAAUACCAAUUGAACUGGCAACGAUAUUCCACUGUGUGCAAGUCUGUUGUCUGACAGGUCUCUCUGUCUUCCGGUCACACAGAAAGUUGGAGUCAGUCCAUAACAACUUCAUGGAUGAAAAGGACAGGGUCAUCACACAGAUCUACAACGAGUCCAAAGAAAGGGCAAGAGUGAACGGGUUUAAGAAGCAGACAGAGAUUCUCAGACAGAAACAUGCAGACUUCCUGGAGAAAUACAAAAUCACUCGCAACAGUGGAGAGGACAAGUAGGAGUUUCGUAGAAUAAGAGUACACCUUAAAACAAGGUGGAUUGAGUUGGCGGAAGGCCAAUGAAGAGGAAUGGAGUCAGUCAGGAAGGGGAGUGAACGGUUGAGUGUGAUAGGAGUAGUUAGCUUUCCAAGAAAAUAACAUUGGGGCAAACGUUGAUGAUGUGCACAGCUGAUGUUUGCUUGGACCUCGGAUACUAAGCUGAGGAGUAAAAAAAUAUAUAUGUGUAUUAACAACAGUAUGUAAUGCCUGGUUGGAACUGGAACGGCAUAUGGGGUACAUGUCUUUGUCACAGUAGAAAGUCGACCCCAGACGUUCUAGGUUUCUUCAGAAGGAGAAUGUUUGUGGAGGUUUGGUCCGGUAUCAGAAGACUAACAGCAGUAGGACCUGGUCGUUAGCAACACAUCUCUUCCUCUGUUGGAUGGAACCAAGACUCCUGUUAGCCAGUUGCUAAUUGGUUCACAGUGACAUGCUGUUCUCCCCCAUGCCCGUUCAGAGGAAGUCUGAUUGGGGUUCAUAUGACAGUGUGAAUUUGCACACUGGAGAUCCAAUACAGUGUUGCGUACUGAAGACAAAUCAAAGGUAAAACUCCCUUCAUGACAGAUAGGGGGUGCUGUGUACAGCUUCCCUUGAACCAAUGGAAUUCAGUCAUUGUGCCUCUCUGUGAGUCAAUGAUAUCAUGGAACUCUUGACAUCGCUACUGGGCCCAUGGUGAUCCCAAAUACAGUCAUAAAGAGUUUUCCCUGACAAUGAUGCAUUCGGAAAGUAUUCAGACCCCUUGACUUUUUCCAAAUGUUGUUACAUUACAGCCUUAUUCUAAAAUUGAUUAAAUAUUUCUCACCCCCCUCAUCAAUCUACACACAAUACCCCAUAACUACAAAGUAUAAACAGGUUUUUAGAAAUUAUUGCAAAUGUAUAAAAAGCAAAAAACUGAUAUCACAUUUACAUAAGUAUUCAGACCCUUUACCCAGUACUUUGUUAAAGUACCUUUGGCAUUUUUCUCUGCAGUUAUUCUCAAGCUCUGUCAGGUUGGAUGGGGAGUGUUGCUGCACAGCUAUUUUCAGGUCUCUCCAGAGAUGUUUGAUCGAGUUCAUGUCCGGGCUCUGGCUGGGCCACUCCUGCGUUGUCUUGGCUGUGUGCUUAGGGUCGUUGUCCUGUUGGAAGGUGAACAUUCACCCCAGUCUGAGGUCCUGAGUGCUCUGGAGCAGGUUUUCAUCAAGGAUCUCUUUGUACUUUGCUCUGUUCAUCUUUCCCUCAAUCUCGACCAGUCUCCCAGUCCCUGCUGCUGAAAAACAUCCCACAGCAUGAUACUGCCACCACCAUGCUUCACCGUAGGGAUGGUGCCAGGAUUUCUCCAGACGUGACACUUAGCAUUCAGGCCAAAGAGUUCAGUCUUGGUUUCAUCAGACCAGAGAAUCUUGUUUCUCAUGGUCUGAGAGUCCUUUAAGUACCUUUUGGUCACUCUACCAUAAAGGCCUGAAUGGUGGAGUGCUGCAGAGAUAGUUGUCCUUCUGGAAGUUUCUCCCAUCUCUACAGAGGAACUCUGGAGCUCUGUCAGAUUGACCAUCGUGUUGUUGGUCACCUCCCUGACCAAGUCUCUUCUACCCCGAUUGCUCGGUUUGGCCGGGUGGCCAGGUCUAGGAACCGUCUUGGUGGUCCCAAACUUCUUCCAAUUUAGAAUGAUGCAGGCCACUGUCUUCUCCGGGACCUUCAAUGCUGCAGAAAUGUUUUGGUACCCUUCAACAUGAUCUGUGCCUCGACAUAAUUCCGUCUCUGAGCUCUACGGACUAUUCCUUCGAUCUCAUGGCUUUGUUUUUGUCUGACAUGCACUGUCAACUGUGGGACCUUAUAUAGGCAGGUGUGUGUGCCUUUCCAAAUCAUAUCUAAUCAAUUGAAUUUACCACAGGUGGAAUCCAUGUUGUCAAAACAUCUCAAGGAUGAUCAAUGGAAACAGGAUGCAUCUGAGUUCAAUUUCGAGUCUCAUAGCAAAGGGUCUGAAUACUUGUGUAAAUAAAUAAGGUCUUUCUUUUUUAAAUGUAUAGAUUUGCAAACAUUUCUAAACACCUGUUUUCACUUUGUCAUUAUGGCAUGUUAUUUGUAGAUUGAAAAAAAAGUAUUUAAUCCAUUUUAGAUUAAGGCUGUAACAUAACAAAAUGUUGAAAAGGGGAAGGGGUCUGAAUACUUUCUGAAUGCACUGUAUAAUGUAUUUUUUUAUUGAAAGGACAUGGAAUCAAGAAAAACUUGAAAAUGAAGUCAUAUUAUGACUUUCUAAAAUUUUAUUUAAUUGUACCCUUGUCUGAUGUUGACAAAUUAAUUUUAGGAAUGUUAAUUAUAAAAGGGAAAUAUUUGAUUUAUUGCCGUGUGGGCAACCUCAAUCUCUGAGAUGAGGAUAUUGUAUUUAAUUUAUUGCUAUGUUGACUGCCAACUGACACUUACCAUAAUGCCUUGUUUCAGUGUCUUAUUAGUCACAGAUUGUGUUUCAGAGUGAUUUUUUUAUGACCGCAUUUAACUCUUCCCAGUGUCAUUAUAGAUUCAUUCAAUGAUAAAUAAACACUGUUCCUCUGGUCUCAACCCAAAUCAUCCAAUGUUUAUUUUUGAGUUUGUUUUUCACUGAUUCCACUAUUGCGUGUCGUGUCAAGUUUGAGAGUGAGUGAGGGGUGCUGAAAAACAUGGGGUGCAGAGUGUGUUAAUGACUCUCUGGCCUCAUGUUGUUUCGCAAGCCCUUAGCUGAAACCACAGGGGAGAUAACAGGUCCUGGCAUACCCACAUCCCCCAUCUGGUGUAUGAGUGCCCCCUCAUAACCCAAACACACCACACUGACAGACUCUUCUUUCAAUGUAAAGACAAACUGAUGGAAGACAGGGUUCACUGUAGUCUGUGCUGCUGACAGAGGUUUUAUAACUGUGACUUAAAGUAGUUGGGGCAAAUGUGUUAUUCUUUUCAAAUAAAUUCACUGGGGGUGAUCAGUUAUUGCUUGGGGUGUUUUGUGUCCUGUCAGAGAGAUCUUGGAGGAGGAUUUGAAUGAAUGAUAAAGGGAUUUUAAUGCAAUACAAUACCCCUUUAAUUGUGUUCUUAGAAAAAAAAAUUAUCGUGUGGCUGAGAAAGUGAAGUGGUAAAUGAUUGACCGGCUGAAUGAUGAAUUGAAGGACGACGUUCAUCUGUAUCCAUUGCGCGGGUGCGUCAGUGUCAUUUUGAAAAAGUUGGCAGUGCAACGGUUACGCGGAAUUCGGAGUGCGUCGAGUGGAGUGCGCCUUCUAAUUGUGAUCUGAAGGGCAAAGGAUAUGAGGAACCGAUCAUGACAAACCAAGAAACGCUGUCAAGGACAUUUUCUCUUUAUGGACUGCUUUGGCACGACGAACUUCAAUAUCUUAUUCUCAAAAGAGGACAUAUUGCUUAAGCGAAACGUCAUCUAUAGGCUCUUUCUCAGAGACACGGCUCUGUAUUGGCUACGCAGUGUCAUGAAAUGUGCGUGUGGCACCGUACCUUAUGUGAUUCAAGACAGUCGUGUUGGAACUUAAAUACGGGAUAUUUGUCCUAUUUUAACGUUCCUUAAGACAAGGAUGCAAUAUUGAACAUUUUCUACUCAAGACUAUAAAUGGACCUGCAGUCACGCCACCCCUGACGCUCACCCACAGACGGUUUCAUGGGUUCCCGACCAACAAUGGGCGAACCUAACCGGAUUACAUGCCCAGACCUCCGGCUUUAGAAUAUGGGGGGCAUCAUUCAAAGUUCACACAACUCUUAGUAAAAUAGAGGCAACCAAAUUGUAUUGCAUUGAAAGUGAUCGACUGAGAUUUAUCAAAUUAGGCUAUUUGUAAGAGGCAUCAUAUCUGUGCGCUUGAUUGCCAAGAAUGAUUAUCGAUGACGAUAGAUUAUACGUUGUUACAUUGUAGCUAAUUACAUUGUGUAAUUGUUCAUUAAUUAAUCAAGUUACAGUUUCAAGUCUAUCAUUGGAGUGUUUGCCUACUCAUUUGCUCAUGAUUUUUCACGUUCAUGCGUAACGGUAUGGGAAUGCCACCAGCGCUGUCAUUUCAUAGGAUGGAACCUAAGGACAACAGAUGGAAUAUUGAUUGAGUGGAGAGAAAAGCAAAACACCAAUUAAUUGACCAACAUUUGGCGUGACUUUUGGUGUACUGCACAAUGGGGGUUUUGCUUCAAGUUAUUCUAGGAAUGUUCCUCUUGCUCUCAAGAAUACGCACGUCCCAUGCCAAGCUAGCCCACUGGAGACCUGCAGACACCACCCCCAAAUCCAGAGAAGUGCGUCGGUGGUUGGAGGUGUACUCUCGUAGUGUUUGUGAGCCCAGGGAUACCCUGGUGGAGGUGUGGCAGGAGUUGCCAGGGGAGACGCAUCACCUCUUCGUGCCCUCCUGUGUGUCUGUCCGCCGCUGUGGCGGGUGCUGCUCUGACGAGGCACUGGAGUGUGUGCCCUCACUUACACAAACUAUCACCAUGGAGCUAAUGAAGACCUCCUUUAUGAAGCAUGAGCUCAUCGAGCUGGACUUCGUUGAGCACAGCCAGUGUGAGUGCAGACUAAAACAGGAUCUUCAGUCAGCCCCAACCAGACCUGCAAAGCCUCUGAGGAAAGGCAGGGAAAGGGUCAGAGGAAAAUCCAAAAGAAAGAAAAUUGGAACUAUCAAAACCACACCCUCCAAUCCCCCCACUACCCCAUUUCCUCUCCCUACCACCCUGUCUUCCUUGCCAGGCUCUCGAUGUACCCCCUGUCCUGGGAGGAAGUGGACGCUGGAUUUACAGUCUUGUCUGUGUCGCUGCAACGUGACCACAGAGAGCUGCAGUCAGAAAGGGAGGAGACUCAACCAGCACCUCUGCAGAUGUGAGGCCAUGAGGCGGUGAUGAUCUCUCUCCCCCCCCUCUCUCUCUCUCUCCACUCUCUGUCUCUCCACUGGUUCCAAUGUCACUCCCUGCCAUGCUUAGCGCAAUCCUGGGUACCUCUCUGUCAGGGGUGGGGUGGGGAAGCAUAUUCCUACGUACUCCCUUCUGUGUCCCUCCUUGUCCUCCAGAAACACCUUUGGGAAGUUUUCAGACCCCUUGACUUUUUCCACAUUUUGUAAGGUUACAGCCUUACUCUAAAAUUGAUUUUUUUUUUAAUGUUUCUUCAUCAUCAAUCUAUACACAGUACCCCAAAGCAAAAACAGGUUUGUAGAAUAUUUUGCUAAUUUAUUAAAAAUGUAAAACUGAAAUAUCACAUUUAUAUAAGUAUUCAGACCUUUUACUCAGUAUUUUGUUUGAAGCACCUUUGGCAGCGAGUCUUCUUGGGUAUGACGCUACAAGCUUGGCACACCUGUAUUUAGGGAAUUUCUCCCAUUCUUCUUUGAAGAUUCUCUCAAGCUCUGUCAGGUUGGAUGAGGAGCAUUGCUGCACAGCUGUUUUAAGUUAUCUUCAGAGAUGUUCGAUCGGGUUCAAGCUAUUCCUAUGUUGUCUUGGCUGUGUGCUUAGGGUUGUUGUCCUGUUGGAAGGUAAACUUUUGCCCCAGUCUGAGGUCCUGAGCACUCUGGAGCAGGUUUUCAUCACGGAUCGUUCUGUAGUUUGCUCCGUUCAUCUUUGCCUUGAUCCUGACUCGUCUCCCAGUCCCUGCUGUUGAAAAACAUCCCCAAAGCAUGAUGCUGCCACCACCAUGCUUCACUGUAGGGAUGGUGCCAGGUUUCCUCCAGACGUGACGCUUGGCAUUCAUGCCAAAGAGUUCAAUCUCGGUUUCAUCAGACCAGAGAAUCUUGUUUCUCAAGGUCUGAGAGUCUUUAGGUGCCUUUUGGCAAACUCCAAGGGGAAUGUCAUGUGCCUUUUACUGAGGAGUGGCUUCUGUCUGGCCACUCUACCACAAAGGCCUGAUUGGUGGUGCUGCAGAGAUGGUUGUCCUUCUGGAAGGUUCUCCCAUCUCCACAGAGGAACUCUGGAGCUCUGUCAGAGUGACCAUCGGGUUCUUGGUCACCUCCCUGACAAAGGCCCUUCUCCCCCGACUGCUCAGUUUGGCCAGGCUGCCACCUCUAGGAAGAGUCUUGGUGGUUCCAAACUUCUUCCAUGUAAGAAUGAUGCAGGUCACUGUGUUCUUGGAGACCUUUAAUGCUUCAGAAAUGUUUUUGGUACCCUUCCCCAGAUCUGUGCCUCAACACAAUCCUGUCUUGUAGCUCUACUGACAAUUCCUUUGACCUCAUAGCUUUGUUUUUGCUCUGACAUGCAUUGUCAACUGUGGGACCUUAUACAGACAGAUGUCCAAUCAAUUUAAUUUACCACAGGUGGACUCAAUCAAGUUGUAGAAACAUCUCAAGGAUGAUCAAUGGAAACAAGAUGCACUUGAGCUGAAUUUUGAGUCCCAUAGGAAAGGGUCUGAAUUCUUAUGUAAACAAGGUAUUUCUAUUUUUUAUAUAUUUUUAAUAGAUUCUAAAAACCUGUUCUUGCUUUGUCAUCAUGGGGUAUUGUGUUUACAUUGCUGAGGAUAUUUUUUUUUUAAUCGAUUCUAGAAUAAGGCUGUAACUUAACAAAAUGUGGAAAAAGUCAAAGGGUCUGAAUACUUUCCGAAACCACUGUAUAUACACAUGUGCACCAACUGUGUCUAGAUCUGUAUAUGUGCAGUCAGUCAGUCUCAUCAUCACACAGCUUCUUCAGGCACUUAGUCAACAUGUUUAGAAACGCCGUCUCCUUCACAAGGGACAAUGAUGGGACCAAAUGUAAAGCACAGUAUUGAUGUCCGGUAUCAUGAUGGCAAUGUGAGGCAGUGGGUGGCCAGGACGUCAGUUGUGGACCGGACACAAUUCAACACUCACACCUCCGCUUCUGUAUGAGACAUUUGGACAUGAAGAGGAUUUAGAGACUGAUCACAGAUUAGAUAUAACAGACAUGUUCAUGUUGAGUUUUGUUUGUCUUCAUAGACACGGUGGGUCAGUGUUGCCCAUGAACUGCAGUUGGACUUUUUUUGCAGAAAGACAAUGGCAACAGUGAUGAUGAUCCUGGUCUUGAAACACGUGUUAUAUUUUCUACAGGGAGACUCCGAUAGGAGAAUGAUUCCAGGGUCAAGUCAUUAAAGUGCAGUAAAGAUAUAGAAUAGUGAAUGGACACACACACACAUGGACAAACACAUGCACACACACACCAGCUAUGUGUAUAAAGCCGUCAGGCUGCACCCCCAUAGACCAAUAGCUAAAUGAGUUGAAUAGCUGCAUAGACUGUAUUUGUGUGGUCUACACACUGAUUGGCACAGAUGGGUUACCCUGCUGUCUCUCAUUCACAGUGUAUGGUCACAGGCUGAAUCACUGAAGGGUUUUCUGUCAUUUGUUUGAUUUGGUUUUUGUCUCCAUCUUUCUGCUCCAGAGUGAAAGGGCUGUUCACGCCGACAGGGCAGUGAGGGGAAUGACAAUGAUGAAGCCUGGCUAUGGUCCAGGGGUUCACACACACACACACACACACACACACACACACACACACACACACACACACACUUCUAAAUAGAAAUGAAUGCAGGUAUCUUAUAAGCUUUUGUUUUACAUGCAAUAUAAAGAGUGGAAAUAAGUAUAACAUUUUUAAAUCUAAAUGUUUUUUAUACUUCAUUUUAUUGUAUUUGUAUAAGUUGUUAUAUUUUGGCAUAAUUUUGUCCUGUUGACUUAAAAGAUGAUCUAUAUUGUGAAAUGUUUCUUUGUUUUUGUUUGUUCUUAUUCCGUGUACAUAAAGAGUUCCUCUGUCUGGCCGACUAAUACCACUAUGUAGACAUGAGUCGUCUAAACAUAUGGACAACUGUGUAGCAUUUAAACAGGGAGAGAGUUCUCAAUGGGCAAAAAAUCGGACACAAUAUACAUUAUAAUGUGCAACAAAAAUAUUCACCAGGGAAAUGUUGUCUCGUAAAAAGAAAACAUGUAGUAUUAUACAUCAUUAUCUGGUGUUUGUAUUGUUUUGUGGAACUGAGAUGGGAUGGGUGUCUGGAACAUAACAGAUUUAUUUACUGAUAGAGUUUCUCCUACCCCCAUAUAGCAUAUCACUGGUGUAACAGGAUUUGGUCCAUAACUAUGGUCCAUGGCUGUGUCAGAAUUGAUCAGUGUUUGAACAACUUGGCCAUUGGCAUGGUAAGCAAGCUACAGAUACAGUUACGGGUCUAUUUACUUUGGGUAGCCAUCAAUCUGAAUCAGGGUGGCAGGCUUUCUGUCUGUGAGGGAUGCUUUGAGCUGUGUGGGUAAGGAUACAGCUACAAUAUAAUAUUGGUUAGCAAGUAUCUCAUUCAACAAACAAACAAAUGAUCUCUCUUCUUUCUCAUCAAGUUUCCAUACCUGUUAGCAGUUCUAGAACCCUCCUAAUGUAAAACAUAUUGCAAUUCCAGAACCUGAGUGUCACAUUCCAAGUGUUAUUCUACUGACAUUCCUUUUAUAUUGUCCUUUUAUUUUGAACUCGGUCUGAAAUGUUUAUUUUCACUAAGCAAUAAGUAUGGCCUCUGAUUCAGAGACUGGGAUGAGCAUACAAGUAUUUUAGCUGAAGUAGCAGAUUCCUCUCCAAAAAUAAUGAGAUAAAACUCUGACAACAUAUCAAUGAUUCUCCUGAAGUCUGCCUGUUAACAGAUAUAGCUGAGGGAUUUGUGAGCUGUAUGUGAAAAGUGUGUUUGAAUUCAGGCUCUGAGAUUGGUCCUGUGAUGGCAGUCAGACCAGACACUAUGCAGCUCUACUGAGUAUGUCUCCCCUCCCCUCUCUAUACAUUGAAGCAUCUGUGAGCUCCUCUCCUCUUAAUGGUGGCCUGUGAAUGCCAAAACAACCCCCCUGCUGUUUAGUUUGCAAAGCGUCAUUGUCAAACUUUGUGAGGGUCCACAGGAAACUGUCCGUGAGCCCACUCUCUGAGGGUGUCUCAGGGAGAGUUGGGAUAUGCAAAAAACACAUUUACAAUUUACACAUGCAUAUAAUACACGCUUGUGUAUGUGUGAAACAGGACAGAUAUAACCACCCCACAUUAUCAUUAUGAAACUUGCCAGUUACAGAAAGACUUGGAGAAGGGACUAUAUUCUCCAUUCAUACAGUAAUAUACUACAAAUGUCCAUUACAUAUCCGACAUGAAUGUGCUGGUUGCUCCUCUUUUCUGCACGCACCUAGUCUUCCCUCAGUCACUGUGUUGUAGACACAUGAGUUUGGCAAAGCAAGUCUAGAACAUACCCUAUCUACUGUCUAGGUAGACCUAUUCAAGCCCCAACUGUCUUAUACUCCGCUAUAGCAGGCAGACCCUGACUAAAUGUAGAUCAUAAUAAUAAUACUAUAUAAUGUCUUAUAUCCAACCACCAUCAUGUGUAUGACCUAGAUCAUACUUUAGAAUGUCUUGUAAUUCAUUCCAGCUAUACUCCCAUGUUACAGAAUCUACAAUUACAAAUGCAUUGUAAUGUGUAUAACACUGAUAUUGCUGCUACACCAUUUAUGCCCUAUUUGAUGUGUGUGUGCCGCUGUACCAUGCCGUUUUUGUGUCACAGUAUAUUAUGACGAUUAAUCAGUUCAAUGUCUAUGUAAACAAAGAAGCAUACUGUACUGCUGAGGAUGUUAGUACUACUAGGAAAUGUUCAAAACAAAACAACCAUGAUACAGUGUUCCAGAUAUUAUUAAAGGAAAUGUCUUA